CCGGGCUCCCUCCAGAGCUGCCUGGACAAGAACGCGCAGGCGCAACAGCAUUGCUUGGGCCCCAGCGGAAACCACGCCCCUCCCCCAAGUCUUAAAGGGCCAGUAGCAGCUUCUACUGCUCUUGCCUUUCGGCACUUUUGGGGAGGCAGGGUGCGCAGGCGCAGUGGGGUGCUCUGAGGUGGGGGUAGCGGUCGCGUAUCAAGUUGCUCUCUGUCCCGGCAGAAGAAACCAGGGCGCUGAGGAUCCAGGUUCCAGCUUGCUCCCUCCUAUAUCAAUUGAAGGAGAAAAGUUUGUGAAUUGGGCCCCCAAGUUUUGGGGGACCCGGACUUGCGGCGUGGGGUGACAGACGAGGCUCGUUAGAGCUUCCCCCAUGGAGCCCACCCAGCCGGCAGAGGACCUCAGUCUGAGCCAACAGCUCCCCAUCCCAGAAUUUGGGGACCCUGAGGACCCCAGCGAUGAGGCCCCCGAUGGCUCAGACACUGUGGUGCUCAGUCUCUUCCCCUGCACUCUGGAGCCUGGGAAUCCUGAACCGGAUGCUGGUGCCUCCUCACCGCAGGGAGGCAGCUCCCUGAAGCACUCCACAACCCUCACCAACCGGCAGCGGGGGAACGAGGUUUCAGCCCUGCCAGCCACCCUCGACUCCCUGUCCAUCCACCAGCUCGCGGCCCAGGGGGAGCUGAGCCAGCUGAAGGAACAUCUGAGGAAAGGCGACAACCUCAUCAACAAGCCGGACGAGCAUGGCUUCACCCCCCUCAUCUGGGCCUCCGCCUUUGGAGAAAUCGAGACUGUCCGCUUCUUGCUCGAGUGGGGUGCUGACCCCCACAUCCUGGCCAAGGAACGGGAAAGCGCCCUGUCCCUGGCCAGCAUGGGCGGCUACACAGACAUUGUAAGGCUGCUACUUGAGCGUGACGUGGACAUCAACAUCUACGACUGGAAUGGAGGGACGCCACUGCUGUACGCCGUGCGUGGGAACCACGUGAAGUGCGUAGAAGCCUUGUUGGCCCGAGGAGCCGAUCUCACCACGGAGGCUGACUCCGGCUAUACCCCAAUGGACCUUGCCGUGGCCCUGGGAUAUCGGAAAGCUUCCCCAUCCACAAAAUGGGGAGAUCCUAAUAGAACUGACCCCUUGGGGUCAUGGAGAGAUUGAGAGCCUGGGAGAUUUCUCCUCCUUCCUUCAAGUUUUAUUCCAUUUGGGACAGAAGUCAUUCCUCACAGCCCCUCUUAUCCUUUCAUAAAAGUCACCAGUCGAGAAUUUUGUUUGGUAAAGAUUUUUUUUUUCUUUUUUUUACUCUAAAAAGCCUCCAAAAAUGCAUUUUUACACACUUAGGGAAAAUUGAGUUUCCUGGCGUGGGGGCCUCCGUCUUCUCAGCUGUACUCUGGGAAGGGUGUGGAUUUCCCCGCAUAUGAAUUAGGUCCUCCGUUUGUGUCCCAGGACCUGGAGAUCCCCGUUCGUUCCCUGAGAGGCGGGUGCAGUUCUCAUGCUGGGACACCCCGGCUCAUCCCCCAAAAGAGGUGUACAAAUGGCCUCUGUCUCUGCAGCCUGCAUUCGAUUCAUGGCCCACCUUUUCCCUUUCCUGUUUCCAGUGCAACAGGUGAUCGAGAACCACAUCCUCAAACUCUUCCAGAGCAACCUGGUGCCCGCAGAUCCUGAGUGAAGGCUGCCUGCUGGGGACUCAGAUACUCAGGGAACAAAACAGUUGACGCAGAGCUGGGGGAACCCAGAACUGGCUUCAAAGGCAGCUCCUGGACAGACAGUGGGAGGGGAUCCUUCCCAAGAGGAACCAAUAAACCUUCUGUGCAUAACCUCAA